UGUGUGUAUGUGUGCUGCAGCUCGGUGAGGACAGCAGUAGCAAGUUCACCUGACACACACACACACACACACACACACACAAACACUCUCUCUCUCCCACACACACACACACACACACUGAACAGCUUCCCUCCCUAGAAAAGUCAAGUGUCUCCUCCUCACUAACUUCAACGGUGUCGGAGCGGAUUACGUUUCCCGGCGAGGCUCCUCAUCCUCACGCUCCAUGGCCGUCGCUGCCCUCCUCCCCCUGGGUGGUAACCUUCAAAGCAGAGCGCUCUGCACCAUGGAUGACCAGCAGAGUGAUGGAGAUGGACAGAAUCAAAGGACAUGCUCCCAUUAUUGUGAAUAGGUAAAGGAAUAUAACCUUCCCUCAGCAGAAAAGGGACAGCACUGAAUCAUUCUUGUUGUUCAGACUGAACGGAUGCAGCUAGAAGAAAACAAGUUUGUAAAUCAUUCUUGAAAAAGAGGAAAUAGUGAUCAAAUAUAUUCAGUUUGUGGACCACGCUCUCUCUUCAUAGAGCUCAUGUGCUAAAAGACUUUUGUCGGACUGUGAUGCUUGUUAUGAGUUGUCCAUCUACAACUAAUGAGCCAGAGAGCUGCAGCAGUGAAGGGAGUAGCUGCACCACUUCCUCCAUCACCACCUCAGACCUCUCCUCUAUGUCCGAACACACUCACUCCUCACUCCCUUCCCGCGGUGACACUCCUGACACCUUCAAACAUGAUGCCCCGCCUCCUCCUCCAAUGCCACCACCACCACCUCCGGGAGUGCCCCCUCCUCCUCCGCCGCCAGCAAUCCCGUCCAUUAACCACAAUGGGAGAAAAAAGCGCCGCGUGCGCAGCUUCUUCUGGAAGCCGAUUCCGGAGGAGAAGGUACGCGGGAAGCCCAACAUUUGGACGAUGGCAGUGCGGCAGCAGCAGUACCAGAUUGAUGUUCGAUCUGUGGAGGAGCUGUUUGGGCAACAGGAGGAGGCACUAGCAGGGAUCCGAGGGGUGGCGUCAUCCACUGGAUCCUCAACUCGUGUGUCCCGGUCGCGCUCAUUCAAAGAGAGCAGCAAGGAUGAGAUCUGCAUUCUUGACUCCAAGAGGGGGAUGAAUGUUGGCAUUUUCCUGAAGCAGUUCAAGAAGUCCAACCGCUCUAUUGUCGAAGACAUUCGACAAGGAGAUGGAAAGAUUUAUGGAGCAGAGCUGCUCAAAGACCUGCUGAAGCUCCUUCCUGAUGCAGAGGAGAUAAAGAAGCUGCAGAUGUUUAAAGGAGACCCAGACAAGCUGACACUGGUCGAUUCCUUUAUGUACCUCUUGAUCCAGGUGCCACGGUUUGAUGUUCGGAUUGAGGCCAUGGUCCUCCGUGAAGAGUUCUCUCCUUCCUGUGCUGUGAUGAGCCACGAGAUCGAUGUUGUCCGCAUCGCCACUAAAGAGUUGAUGAACUGCGAGGAGCUCCAUGCCAUUUUGCAUCUGGUGCUGCAGGCAGGAAACAUCAUGAAUGCUGGUGGUUAUGCAGGAAACGCUGUGGGCUUUAAACUGUCUUCACUCCUCUCAUUGGCUGACACUAAGGCUAACAAGCCAGGGAUGAACCUGCUGCACUUUGUUGCCAUGGAGGCAAAGAAGAAAGAUGAGAAGCUGCUCAAGUUUCCAGAGAAACUUCAGGAUGUUCAGAGUGCAGCCAGAGUCUCAGUGGAGAAUAUAGAGGUGGAGUUUUCCUCUUUAUAUGUUCGGAUUAAAUCCCUGGAGGAAAAGGUUCAAGGAGAUCAGGAGCUGCUGCAGCAGCUGGAGCCAUUUCUGCAGAGUUCAGCUCGGACUCUUCAGGACCUGAAGAGACGCAGGCUGGAGCUGCGUAAAGAGGGAAACACUCUCAUCGAUUUCUUUUGUGAAGAUAAGGACACGUUCAAACUGGAUGAGUGCUUCCGCAUCUUUCAAGACUUCUGCAUUAAGUUCAGGAAAGCUGUUAAGGACAACUUGGAUCGCGAGAUGAAGGAGGCAGCCAGACAACGUCGCCUGAGAGAGCUGGAGGAGAAGCGUUUGUCGUGGUCAGGGGCAGACCAGAGUGGGGGGUUUGGUCGUAGCAGCAGCGAGAACGAUGUGGACAUGCUCACCAAGGAAGGCCUCCUGGAUUUUUUGCAGCAGAGGUCACAUAGCCCUCUGGGACGCUCUGCCAGUGCCCGCCGCCACCGUCACACCAUGACCUCCGUAGCUGACCGUGAACUCCAAGGAUUUCUCGAGGUAUUUGGAGACAAUGGCUCUGACAAUUCCAAGUUUAACAGUCUACCUCGGUCGGGUCGUCCUGUGCAGCGGAAAACCACCCCGUGGAUCUUAGCUCAGGAUGGCAACCGUGAGUUAGGCUGUGACCGACAAGUGACUUCUCCAUGUGCACAAACUGAACCCAUCAGUCCGCUGGCGAGAUACUCCUCUUCUGGGUUAAAUGAUAAUGACGACCUAUACACCAGCAACAACAAUUACACAUCUGUAUCGGAAAGCAGCGCUCUUCCUCGUUCCCUUUUUGUCUUUCAAAAACCCUCCCACCAUCCCAACCCAGCAAUUACCGGCCACAUGAAUGUUAGUGUGGAGAAACACACUUUAGUUCGAGGCCCUCAAGCUUUUGAACUACAGAGUCCAAACAAUAACAGUAAUCAUUUGCACCUUAUCAACCAGGGGGAUGUCAUGGUGGCAGAUUCGGAAAAGGAGAGAAAAUCUCCUCCCAAGAAUCUGGACAACGUUCCAGGUGAUAAACUUUUAGAAAGAAGAGCAAAUCCCAAGGUAGCGUGGGAACAUAAAGUUGAUAAUUCUACACAAGACAGAGAGAGAGAAGAAGAGGACAACAGCACAGUUUCAUCAACAACCUGUGACACACCUCUUCCACUCGAUACCUCUGUAUCCGAUAAGAAGCCGAUGUUUUUCAUACUUGACUGCACAGAAACUGACUGCUCCGUCACCUUGGAUUAUUCAGAGGCCGAAAACUCUUCUUUAACAAAAGAGGGGCUUCAACUUAGAACGACAGACUGCAAUAAACAUCAGAAGAGCCACCAAGAACCAAGCUCUCUGUCUCCCAACGACCAGUCUGUUUCAACGAAUGAGCUUUCAGCGCCAAAAUCUGCGGACGCAACAUCAAUGGCUGCAUCUGCGACGACAGAAGAGUGGGACACAGAGAGCUGUGACACCACUGAGGGAAAACAAGGUGCAGAAAAAGAGGCAGACACACAGAGAAGCAUCAGAAAACUAGUGCAUGCAGCGAGUAAAGCAAACAAAGCAGUUCGUGGUGUGCGGACGCUGACCAGCACCGAGAGUCAGGGCAUGAGGAAAGUAGUUCCUAUUAGCAAGCUCACAAGGCCGGGUAGCAGCAAGUGUGCAGAGAGAACUUUGGUUCAUGAGAGCGGGGAGUCACGCCGUCCCAUUAGAGAUCAGAGCACCCAACCAGCAGCGAGAGGAAGGAGCGAGAAGACAUCACGACCGUCUCGACACUCCAGUUUGCCUCCUGAUGAGUCCAAAGCUCAGAGAGGAAGUAGCCUCCCAGGUGGUAUUUCAAGAUGGUCACGCGAUUUGACUCCGAGGAAGGUUUCCAUCAACAAGCCAAGCGCAAAACCUGUGAGGAACAUCUCCAAACCUGCUCCUGAGGAGAAAAUGUGCCGCUCCACUAUGAGAGCCUUGGCCCAAGCGCAAGCUCAGGCCCAGGGUGGAGUGUCCUCCGAGAACAGCUGCUCACACGUAAAAAACACAUCCGGUGUCCCCGGCUUCGCCCGCAACACCAUCGCCUCGUCCUCCAGGACCAAUAAGGAGCUCCUUGGCCCUCCUUCCGUCCCGUCCACGCCGUCUCGCAGCCCCUCACUCGUGGGUCGACCAUCCUCGGUGAAGCACAACAGGUUAUCGCCCACAGUUCACACCAGCGAGGAGCUGUCACAAGGGACAAACCUGCGACGAGCGCAAAGCGUGAAGGCCACCAGACGAAGCACCCAUCGCAGUGAGACUCCACCUCCAACUCGCGAGGAGUCGCGUAAGGCGAGCAUCUUUUCUGAAAAGUCUUUGAUUGCGCCCAGCAAAAGUGCUAAACCAAGCUGGAAAUAAACAUUAAAUUAAAUUUUAAAAAAAACGCACAUACAGGCAAAGGAAAGAAAAUACUUUUCUUCUUGAAAACUGACUUCUCUCUUCUUCUUCCUCUUAUGUAACAUAAUCAGAAAAACAAAUGAAUCUCUUUCACCCUCCAGGUUUGUAGCUGACUCUGGAUCAGGUUUACAAAUUGCAAAGAACAAGAUGCAAUGAACAGGUUCUGUUUCAAAAAAAUAUACAUAUAUUGUCCAUAAAUUGCUUUUUUUCCUGCGGGGGGGGUUAUUAACUAAUAUGACAAAUGGCAAAAUGGUGUUUUUCCACAGGCGCCUGCUUUGCCUGCUUAGCAGUCUGUGUACUGUGUAUGUGCUCGUAUCUGUGAUGAUGUUGAUGUUGAACACUACCGUCUAUAAUGCUGCUAAUUAGCUCUGACAAUUUGAAAUCCCACAGAGUUUCAGUGUCCUUUUGAUUCAGGGUUACAUGAUCUCUUGUACCUUACCUCGCUGCUCUCAUGGUGUCUUUCAGUUUUUGUUGUAUUCUCUAGCAGAACUCUGCUGCAUUAUUUGCUUGUUUUUUUUCUGGUUCUUUUGCUUGAUACCUCAGAAAAAAUUGCAGUGGCCUUGAACCAGCAGGCAAAGUAGAAUAUAUUUUUUUUGGUUCUGCAUGAGAACGAUGUAGACAAAUGAUCUGAUCACUCUGCAACGCCACGUUUUACAAUUCCCUGUUAUAUUAAUUAUAUAUAUACAAAGUCACAGAUUAUAUGGCCACAGUGUGUACCAACUGUUGUACGUCUCCUUGCUUGAGUAUGUACAUGUACUGUAAUUUGUAGAUCUUGUAGAACUCCUCCAUAAUAUCAUGGAGUAGACGUGCACGAAGGAAAUGUUUCCUGUAUACUGUAGGCUAGUAAAAGACCAACGCGAAUGCUUUGAAAGAAAAGCACCGAAUGCGCCAGACACAACACGGGAAAUGUCGUUAGUCACGUGAUGGGAUGUUUCCACUGUGAAUGUAGUUCAGUAGCAUCAUCAGCUCUAACCGGACGGAGUUCAGCUCGGCAUCGGUUUGUGUCUCUAUGUCGUCCAGUUUUGUAAAAACACAACACACUAUCGCUGCACUGAAGGUGUUUUCACUAUUUUCAAAGACUCUUUCAACCAAUGAAAAGAAAAGCUUUAAUCCAGUGUCUAUGAUUAUGUUGAUAUUAAUAGUACAAACACAUGUCCGUCCAACUCUCCAGCACUCUAACUUGUAUGGUCCUAUAGCAUAUGCUUUUGUGUUGUACAUAUUGAGCUCAGACAUACUUACACACUAUGCAGUCAGUGUUUUAAACCAGUUCCUGUCUUUGUUCCACCGUUUUCUUAUCCAAAGAAAUGGUCACUGUAAAUGAAAAUUUACAAUUUGAACAAUGUGAAGCAAAAUUUCAAACUUUUGUCGGUUUUGGAUCAAUCAGAGGAACACAGUCACAUGUUGAGUGUUGUUCAUUUUUAGUAAUGCAAAGUUCAUUAUAAAAGGAAUGAGGCAUAUGUAAAGAGCUAAUGUUCAUUUAUAUACAGGGACAUUUUGGUGCAGAUCAGAUAUUUGAAUGGAAAACACAGUUGUCAAGUAUGAAAAUUCAUUCAGAUGGUUGGGAGAGCCUUUGAGAAUUCAAAAAAGUUAUUUAUUUUUCAGGAAAACUAAAGCUAAUCAGAUUUACUGAAAUUGGAGAGUGAUAUGUUCAAGCAGGGGUGUCAAACUCAAAUGACCCGGGGGGCCAAUGAGCAUCUAGUCUGGUCAAGAGGGGGCAGGACUAGAUGAAAAAAAGUCAGGGAAAUCAACUGUUUAGUAGCAGGUGGGCAAUAUGAGUUUAAACUCAUAACACAAUAGUCCUUCUUGAUGUCGCAGUUAAGAUAUUCAUGAUAUUUCACAGAAAUGUCAAAGUAAAAGUGCUUGUUCUGAUACGGAAUCAUAUCAAAGUCACAGUAAAAACAUGUUAAUGAUGCUAAAUAAACCUAUUAUUAUCAAAAACUAAAUGUGAAAUUAAGUGAAUAAUUACGUGGACAACUGUAAUUAAAACACCAGCUUGUGUACAGUGGUUAACAGAUUUUUUAGACCACCACUUAAUGUAAGGUUUAUGUCACAGCUGCCUUAAAUUAACAGCAUUGGUAAUUAUCAAUUAUCAGCAUUUUUUUACAAAUUCACUGUUUUACAAAAGAAAACAGAAAAAAAAUGGUUGAUUAAGACGUCAAAUUAUAGUUAUUUACUUGCAUUCCUGCACAGAAAAGUUAGUUUUGGUGGUUGAAUGUUAUGUUUGAUUCAUUUCUGACUUCUCAGAGAAGAGGCCCAGUAAAUCAUCUCAAAUGUGGGCAUAAAAAGGUGAAUUCAGUUUAUUUGCCAAAUAAAUAACAAUAACAUUUUCUGUUUUAAACACAUUUUUUGAAAUAUUUCUUUCUCAUUUUAUGGUCUAAUACAUUUUUAAGUGCUGUAUAUGUAACUUAAUGUUUAAUGUGAUACAUUUAAUAAUGUAACAAGUGCAAACCAAUAUCUUAUCAUUACUGUUAUUAUAAAUAUUCUCACCUCUCUGGCAGCUGUGCCAUAAUUAUGAUAUUAUUUGGUUGGGCCUCAUGUAAAUGAUCGGGGGGGGGAGCCACCAGUUUGACACCUCUGUUCGAGGCACAAACCGCAGCUGACCUCAGUCCUGUUGACCAUUUCACACCACUUGCCUUUCAACCUGCAUUGUGCCACUGCCUUGAUGGCAAACAUUCAUUCACAGCAGCACAUUGCCUUAAAGCUGAAUGUAGCAGAUCCAUCACCAGUAGAAAUGCCUUGAUUGUAAAAGGAGAGUAGAAACUUUUCCUUCAUUCACAUCACGAUGAACUGAAUCUACGAGGGAUUCACUUUGUAAAAAAAAAAAACCCACAUAUUUAAAGACAUAGUAUUUUUCUGACUAUCAAUAUGUUUACAUAGCGUUGAAAACGAAGGGUUUGAGGGUGAGGUACGUGAGAGCGUCCGUGUCUUUUAUCUGAUGUCUGUCGUGUGCUGACGUGCUUCCUCUUCCUCUUCCUUGUUCCUGCAAGUGACGUGAAUAAAGCAGUGACACAAAAGGCUCCGUGUGACGAUAUAUAUGGUCAGAAAUGUUAUCAUGAUGAAAUCACUCCGGGUCAACAGUUAUUAUAAUACGUUUAAAAUAAAGGUCGAGCCAUAAAACCAGUUAAUUGUGGUUGUAAACUUUUUUGUGGACAAAAAAAAACAACAAACAAACAAACUAGCACAAUAAAUAAAUAUUAUAACUACUGUGUG